CCGCGCGGCGCUCAGUGCCAGGCGGGAGGCGGCAGCGGUUGGAGGCUUCGCGGGGCUUUGCAGCUGCGACUUCGGCGGCGGCGGCGCCUCAGGCACCCGGGCUCUGACACGAUGCGGCGAGUGGUACGACAGAGCAAGUUCCGGCACGUCUUUGGACAGGCAGUGAAAAAUGACCAGUGCUAUGAUGACAUCCGCGUCUCGCGAGUGACCUGGGACAGCUCCUUCUGCGCUGUCAACCCCAGGUUCGUGGCCAUCAUCAUAGAGGCCAGUGGGGGAGGAGCCUUCCUGGUGCUCCCUCUGCACAAGACUGGGCGAAUUGACAAAUCCUACCCUACAGUAUGCGGCCACACGGGACCCGUGCUGGACAUAGACUGGUGCCCACAUAACGAUCAGGUUAUUGCCAGCGGUUCAGAGGAUUGCACUGUGAUGGUUUGGCAGAUCCCAGAAAAUGGACUGACCCUUUCCCUGACUGAACCUGUGGUGAUUUUAGAGGGUCACUCAAAAAGAGUUGGCAUCGUCGCCUGGCAUCCGACGGCCCGAAAUGUGCUCCUUAGCGCAGGCUGUGAUAACGCCAUUAUCAUCUGGAACGUGGGGACAGGGGAAGCCCUCAUCAACUUGGACGAUAUGCAUUCAGACAUGAUUUACAACGUGAGCUGGAACCGCAACGGCAGCCUCAUCUGCACGGCGUCCAAAGACAAGAAAGUGAGAGUCAUCGAUCCCAGGAAGCAGGAGAUCGUGGCGGAGAAAGAGAAAGCACACGAAGGAGCCAGGCCCAUGCGCGCCAUCUUCCUGGCCGACGGCAAUGUCUUCACUACUGGCUUUAGCCGCAUGAGCGAGCGGCAGUUGGCGCUCUGGAACCCGAAAAACAUGCAAGAACCGAUCGCUCUCCAUGAGAUGGACACCAGCAACGGGGUGCUGCUGCCCUUCUACGACCCAGACACCAGUAUCAUUUACUUAUGUGGGAAGGGUGACAGCAGUAUCCGCUAUUUUGAAAUCACGGAUGAGUCCCCCUAUGUCCACUACCUCAACACAUUCAGCAGCAAGGAGCCUCAGCGGGGGAUGGGCUACAUGUCUAAGCGGGGGCUUGAUGUCAACAAAUGUGAGAUCGCUAGGUUCUUCAAGCUUCACGAGAGAAAGUGUGAACCUAUCAUCAUGACUGUCCCAAGGAAGUCUGACCUCUUCCAAGAUGACCUGUACCCUGACACAGCGGGGCCGGAAGCCGCGCUGGAAGCGGAGGAGUGGUUUGAGGGGAAGAAUGCAGACCCGAUCCUCAUCUCCUUGAAGCAUGGGUACAUUCCCGGCAAGAACAGGGACCUCAAGGUGGUCAGGAAGAACAUUCUGGACAGCAAGCCGGCUGCAAACAAGAAGUGCGAUCUCAUCAGUACUCCCAAGAAGACGGCCGACCCAACCAGUGUGCAAAACGAAGCCAAGUUGGAUGAAAUUUUAAAAGAGAUCAAAUCCAUAAAAGACACGAUCUGCAAUCAAGACGAGCGCAUUUCCAAGUUGGAGCAGCAGCUGGCGAAGAUGGCGGCCUGAGGCCCGCCCACCUCGCGGACGGCAGCUGCUCAUUGGCGUGCUCAGGGGAGGCACUGCCAUUUGGAGACAUUCCAUUUCAGAUCCGCAGCCAGCGAUAGGCCACAUUCCAGUAAGAUCUAAAUUCUCCCAGAUCUGCGAAGAAAUAAAGCUGAGCUCUUGCCCGGGGAGCUCUCUGGUGUCUGACAGGCCAGGGACUUAACUUCACUACACUGAAAAUGCCAGGCGAACCCACCCGGCCCAGUGCCCACACACACCUCUCCACGGGGCCAACGCCACCUUUGCUCCAUGCAUUUCCCCCUUUUUAAUGUUGCCAAAACCAAAAGUAGCCCUUUCCUUUGUAUUUUGCUACUUUGCAGUAUUUGUGUGGUUGGUUCUUUUGGGCUUUUUCUUUUUUCUCAAUUUGAAAGGGACAGCACUGUGUUUGUAACCCAGAUGAAGGUGAGGUGACUGUUUUGUAUAAAGUCUCAGGGACAGUCAGCGCAGCCGCGGUCUGUCCGGCGGGGAGAGCUGAGAAAUCACGCGGACCCACACACCGCCCUCCAGUCCGUUGAGUCUUUGAUCAAGCAGCUCUUGCCCUCCCCCCCUCCCUCCCUCUCUCUCUCUCUCUCUCUCCUCCUCUCUCUCUCCUCCCUCCCAGGAGUGGGUGGUUGCACAGAUGGAAUUUAGCAUCUUGAUUUGUCACAAGAUUAUAAUCUAACCAAACCAGCGUGUGUUCCUGCAGUUUUGUUCUGUGCAGACUGUUGCGUCCAUCCCCUCCAGCACUGUGGUUCAGUUCCGGCCCGUACUGGACAAGAGCUCCCCAGACAAGAGCAUGAACGUGUGUUGAGUGUUCUUGUCCAUUGAAGCAGCUUGCCUGGCCCUUGGGUGUGGUGAGGGGCUUGAACCCAGGCGCUGUGAGCAGAGCCUCUGCCUGGUGACCCUGUUUCCCACAUCUCCUGUCAGUCCACCGCCUGCCGGGCCUAAUCCGUCUGCAGAGUGUGACCUGAGGGCUCUUGGACAUUGUGGCUGAGGGAAAAGUCCAGGGGGAGCAGAAAGUGGAGUGUAGAGAGGGGCUGUAGCCCCCACACAGGCACUGACAUGGCUGUGUGUGGCGCAGCGGUCCCCUGGCUGCAGAGAACGGGGCCUUACCUGCCUCCUAGGGCAGCUGGAACUGAGCCACAUCCUCCUGUGGCGUGUGUGUGAGAACAGAUGACCAGACAGUGUCAUAGGGAUCAUGGAAGGCAGGUCCUGGCAUGUGUCCGUGCUGGUGUGGGCACAGUGCUGGCUGCCAGCAAGUCUACAGGGUGUCGGGACAGAGGCAGAGUGUGCUGGCAGCAGCUUAGACUCUGUGCGCUGACUGGGUACUAUGGUGAGAAAAGGCACCCAGCCGUCCAUACAGGGCUUGCGAGCUCCACAACGCCAGCGAAUUGGAACCUUUGUGCUUUUGUGUGUCUGUCUUGCGUUUCUUAUGUUAAAGUGGAUAAUGAGAUGUAAAACAAUUAGUGACUUAACUGACACACGGGAAUCGUAUGCCAGCGUGUCCCACUGAGGGCUUUCCUUUCCAGACUCAGAAAUGUGCCGGAGCGUGGGCCAGUUAAUUAGGUAACAGUUGUUGGGGCUGGCGAUGAGGCGCGGGAGGGAGUGUGGUUCAGAGAGAGCACAGGGCGCCAGACUCCGAGCAGGCGUCUGACAUGUGGUGGAUUCCUUUUCCCUGUCUUCUUAAAGCGGUGGCACCAGAGGGGGAUGGUGAAUGGCUCCCAGGGCCACUCUUAUAGAGUGGCCAUGUGUCCUGUCAAAACACCUGCUUCCGUUUUCAAAGAUAAAAGACAUUGAUUACAA